AUGGGACGCCGCGCCGCCCGGGGCCCCGGCCCGCCGCCGCUGCUGCUGUGGCUGUUGGCGCUCGCGGCCCGCGGGGGCUGCCCCGCGCCCGCGCCCCGCGCCGAGGACCUCAGCCUGGGGGUGGAGUGGCUGAGCAGAUUUGGCUACCUGCCCCCAGCCGACCCCGCCACAGGACAGCUGCAGACGCAGGAGGAGCUGUCCAGAGCCAUUGCCACCAUGCAGCAGUUCGGGGGCCUGCAGGCCACAGGCACACUGGAUGAGGCCACGCUGGCCCUUAUGAAGACCCCACGCUGCUCCCUCCCGGACCUGCCCACCGCAGCCCGGAUGCGCAGGAGGCGCCAGACCGCGCCACCCACCAAGUGGAACAAGAGGAACCUGUCCUGGAGAGUCCGGACUUUCCCCCGGGACUCCCCGCUGGGCCGGGACACCGUGCGCGCACUCAUGUACUACGCCCUCAAAGUCUGGAGCGACAUCACACCCUUGAACUUCCACGAGGUGGCCGGCAACGCUGCCGAUAUCCAAAUCGACUUCUCCAGGGCUGAGCACGAGGACCGCUACCCCUUCGACGGCCCGGGAGGCACCGUGGCCCACGCCUUCUUCCCCGGAGACCACCGCGCUGCGGGAGACGCACACUUCGACGAUGACGAGACCUGGACCUUUCGCUCCUCAGACUCCCACGGGAUGGACCUGUUUGCGGUGGCCGUCCAUGAGUUCGGCCACGCCAUCGGGCUGAGCCACGUGGCCGCCUCGAGCUCCAUCAUGCAGCCGUACUACCGAGGUCCCGUGGGGGACCCCCUGCGCUACGGGCUGCCCUACGAGGACCGCGUGCGCGUCUGGCAGCUGUACGGAGUGCGUGAGUCCGUGUCCCCCACGGCACAGCUUGACAUCCCAGAGCCUGAGGAGCCCCCCUUGCUGCCAGAGCCCCCUGAAAACCGCUCCAGCACCCCGCUGAGGACGGACGUGCCUCACAGGUGCACUGCGCACUUCGACGCUGUGGCCCAGAUCCGCGGGGAAGCCUUCUUCUUCAAAGGCAAGUACUUCUGGCGCCUGACGAGGGACCGGCACCUGGUGUCCCUGCGGCCAGCUCAGAUGCACCGCUUCUGGCGAGGCCUGCCGCUGCACCUGGACAGCGUGGACGCUGUGUACGAGCGCACCAGCGACCACAAGAUCGUGUUCUUCAAAGGAGACAGAUACUGGGUGUUUAAGGACAACAACGUAGAGGAAGGAUACCCGCGGCCCAUCUCCGACUUCAGCCUUCCGCCGGGCGGCGUGGACGCCGCCUUCUCCCAGGAGCACAAUGACAGGACUUAUUUCUUUAAGGACCAGCUGUACUGGCGCUAUGAUGACCACACCCGGCGCAUGGACCCCGGCUACCCUGUCCAGGGGCCCCUGUGGAGGGGCGUCCCCAGCCCCCCGGACGACGCCAUGCGCUGGUCUGAUGGUGCGUCCUACUUCUUCCGCGGCCAGGAGUACUGGAAGGUGCUGGACGGCGAGCUAGAGGUGGCCCCCGGAUACCCGCAGUCCACGGCCCGGGACUGGCUGGUGUGCGGAGAGCCUCCUGCCGAGGACGGUGGCCGUGCGGGGCCGGCACAGGGCCGCAGCGGCGCCCAGGACAGCCCGGCCACCUGCUCCUGCACCUCUGCCGCACAUCGGCUCUCACCCCCGGGGCCCCCAAAGCUGCUGCUGCUGCUGCCGCUGCCGCUGCUGCCGCUGCCGCUGCUGCCACCGGCCUGGGCACUGGACCCUACCAUCCACACCCCCAAAUGCCAUCUACAGUCCCCAGACCCUAUCAUCCAGAUCCGCAAAUGCCAUCUACAAUCCCCAGAUCCUGUCAUCCAGACCCUACCAUCCACACCCCCAGACUCCAUACCCCCAAAUGCCAUCUACAAUCCCCAGAUCCUGUCAUCCAGACCCUACCAUCCACACCCCCAGACUCCAUCCAUACCCCCAAAUGCCAUCUACAAUCCCCAGAUCCUGUCAUCCAGACCCUACCAUCCACACCCCUCAGACCCCAUCAGCACACCCCAGACUCCAUCAUCCAGCCUCUCAGAUCCCAUCAGCCACAACCCCCAGAUCCUAUCAUCUAAAACCCCCAGACCCCUCCAUCCGCACCCCCAGACCCCUCCAUCCGCACCCCCAGACCCCUCCAUCCGCACCCCCAGACCCCUCCAUCCGCACCCCCAGACCCCUCCAUCCGCACCCCCAGACUCCUCCAUCCGCACCCCCGGGCUCCCUCAUCCGCACCCCCAGACCCCUCCAUCCACACCCCUGGACUCCCCCAUCCAGACCCCUCCAUCCGCACCCUUGGACUCCCCCAUCCAGAUCCCUCCAUCCACACCCCCAGAUCCCUCCAUCUGCACACCCCACCAUCCUCACCCCUGGACCCCUCCAUCCCCGCCUCUGGCACCUGGUGCAGAGAGCCUAGAGCCUGCUCUGUGGCCCUUGGACCGGGAGCUGGCCGGGGAGAGGGCGGGUGUGCAGGCAGAGGCCUGUGCUCCCCCUGGCCAGCCUGCCGUCUGCCACCCACUCCCAGAAGCGAUGGGCCGCCCCGGCCCUGCUCCACAGGGCUGUGCUGCUGCGCCGCCCCUGGCAGGUCCCCGUGUCCUGCAGCCUGUGGGGGGGACCCUGUACAGUUGGGGUACCGCGCAAGAGUGCUGA